CUUUCUCCACGUCUGCAACUUCAGCUUGUGUUCUUUGGAAAAGCGAUCUUUGAUAAUAAGCAAUUGAAUAAGCAUCCCAUAAAAGUUUUCAAAGUGCACAUUACUAUAAAUUCGGUGAAAAGAAAAUCUCUUCAAAGAUGAUCUCUCAAACAAGGUGGACAAAUUUGAAGACAGUAUUAAAUUCAUAAGCUCUAGGCCUAAGCCUCUUGCACUCUGUCUUUCCCAAAGAUAAGACACUGCAGAAUAGAAUGAUGUCUGAAACAUCUUCUGGCAGUUUAACUUUCAAUGAUGCAAUUCUAUAAUAUGCAGCGGAUUCUCUACCAUUUGGUGGAGUUGGAGAAAAUGAAUUUGGAAUGUACCAUGAGAAGUUCUCUUUUGACACAUUCAGCAGCCAAAAGGCAGUAGUUAGAAGAAGCUUCCUCACUGAUUUCUGGUAUAGGUAUUCACCAUGGACACUGAACAAGUUUCAGCUUCUUGAGGUCUCUUACAACUAUGAUUAUCUGGGGUUGCUCCUUGUCUUGAUUGGCCUAAAGACACCAUCAAAACACAGAUCAUAUUUCGCUAACCUACCCCUGAUUACUUUCACCAUCAUUAGUAUUAUUAUUUAUUUAUUUAAAAGUGAUUAAGAAAUCAAGAUUCUUAGGUUGAUUGCUUGAUCAGCUUAGCAAUAUUUAUUGAGGACAACCAGACUGGAUCUGAAAUCACAAAAGUUUAGAAGAUUAUGCUAUAUGGUUCAACGGUAGUUUUAGACUUAAGUGAAGUGUUUGAACUCUUUGAUCAAUUGUACUUGCUCUCUGGUGGCAAAACUGUUUACUUUGGCCAAGCUUCUGAGGCAUACGAGUUCUUUGCACAAGCUAGUUUUCCAUUCCCUGCUUUGAGGAAUCCAUCAGAUCAUUUCCUUAGAUGCAUCAACUCUGACUUUGACAAAGUUAAAUCAACUCUUAAGGGGUCCAUGAAACUCAGGUUUGAGGAAAGUGAUGAUCCCUUGGAUAAGAUCACUACUGCUGAAGCUAUUGGGACUCUUAUUGAUUACUACCGCAUUUCUCAGCAUUCUUAUGCUGCAAUACAGAAAGUGGAUGAGAUAUCCAAAGUUAAAGGAACACUGCUUGAUACAGGAGGAAGCCAACCGAGCUUCUUAAUGAAGUCUUACACGUCAACAAAGCUCUCCUUCGUUAACAUGUCUAGGGACUUUGGUUACUAUUGGCUUUGUCCUGCACUUCUUGUGAUUUAUCAGAGUCACAGACCACUAAACUUGGAAAUAUAUAUUAUACAUUUAUAUUUCUUUAAAAUAAUAAAUAACAGGUCAUUAAGAUUAGGUAGGUCAUUGUUUCAACAAAUGUUUCUAGGUAUCAAAAUCAAAACUAUAAAUAUUGAUGCAUGAGUUUAUCUUUUCACUCACUUCUAACACUACUCCUUUUUCAUAGUCUAUUUUUUCACUCACUUCUAACACUAAUCCUUCUUUGUAAAUCUCUUAUUCUUGCUU